AUGUUCUUUGAGGUAUAUUCUCUUGGUGAUGAUGAGGUUUUGCUUCUUGAUUCGGGUGUCAACGUUCCUGCUGAUCAUACAUUAGGUAUGGAACCAAACUCCAUCUAUUUCACCCGUCUUGACCGUUUCCGUCCAAACAAACAUUUCUUGGACAUAUGUGUGUUCAAUCGUGCAACAAAGAGCCUCGAACGUUUUCUACCAAAAGAAGAGAACCUCAAACGCUUCCCUGGUUUCUCCAACUUAAAGCUCAGGGAUUUCCCUGACUUAAAACUCAAGGAUGCUCUAUGGUUUCUUUCUCCCUAG